UCUGAUUAAGUUUUCUUCACAUUAUUUCAACACAAAAAUGUUAUCCUGAACCCUAACCUGAUAGAAGUACACAGUUCCACUUUGACCUUUAACCUCCCUGCUCUGUUUUCUCUCCUGCAGAUGAACCAAAGGUCACAGCUAAACCUGGACAAGACGUCAUUCUGCCAUGUAGAUCUGCUGAGAACAAACCUGUCACUGUUGUACAGUGGAGGAGACCUGAUCUGGGGUCAGGAUAUGUUCUUCUGUACAGAGACGAGCAACCUGAUCCAGAAAACCAGCAUCCAUCUUAUCAGAACCGGGUCAAUCUGCAGGACAGACAGAUGAAGGAUGGAGACAUGUCUUUGGUUCUGAAGGACGUAAAAACUACUGAUGGUGGAACAUAUCAGUGUCGAGUCCAGAGUGAAGGAAGCCUUGACAGAAAACUGAUCAGCACCGUCCAGCUGGAAGUUCUUCCUCCAGAUGAGAAAAACAUCACAGCAGAACCUGGACAGAACGUCACUCUGCCAUGUAGAGCUGCUGGCAGUACAGCUAUUAUUGCUGUGGAGUGGAUCAGAACUGAUCUGGGCUCAGAAUAUGUUCUGUACCGAGACGGUCAGAUUAAUCCAGGAAACCAGAACCCAUCUUACCAGAACCGGGUGGAUCUGCUGGACCGACAGAUGAAGGACAGAGACGUGUCUUUGGUUCUGAAGAACCUGACGACUAACGAUACGGGAACAUAUCAGUGUCAAGUCCAGAAUGAAAGAAGUCCUGAUAAAAAACUGAUCAGCAUCGUCCAGCUGAAUGUUCUUCCUCCAGGAGGUGAAGAUGGAGGAAACAAGAAAGCUGGUGACCAAGAUGGAUCCGUUGGAAUAAUAGUUGGUUUGAUCUCAGUUGUUGUUGUUGUUGUUCUUGGUGUUUUAUUUCUAAUCUAUAGAAAACAACAAACUAGCUUUAGGAAGAAGACAUCAGAUCCUCCAGUUGAUCUAUAGAUCUGUGCACAAUUGAUCAUCAGAAGAUAUGAUGGAUGAUGACCAGAUUAUGAAAAUAGCCUGUAAGUCAGUUACGUCUGUAAAGCUCAAAGCUUCAAUUUUCAUUGUAGUAAUUCAUUUUUGUAUAAUUAAUUUAAAUCUCAGCUGAUCAAUUUUCAAAAUCAAAAUCAAGGUGUGCUGCAUGAAGCUGCUCUCAUUUUAACGUAUCAGGUAUUUUUAUUCAUUGUUCAAUGUCUGGUCAUCAUAAAGUUCAUGUUUUUUUUCUUCAUUAUAAAUGAUUGUUUUCAUUUUUAUCAGUUGUUAAGCGUUGAACAGGUCAGGGUUCAGAUUUCUUGUUCCUUCCUGAUCAUGACUGAUCUGGACAUUAACAGACCAAACCAAAGACGUACUGGAGUCCAUCUGUGGUUCCAGUUACUGAACCUUUCUAACAUGGCCUUUAAAUCAUUUAAAAUAAUUUACAAUAAUUUACAAUCUGUGCUUUUCCUGCAGCAGCUCCCAGUGACCUGCCCAGUUUGGCCAUGAACCUCUGAAACAUGUUCAAAGGUCAAAACAUUUUUAUCAGUUUUUAUUUGUUUUUUAUGCUGUUUUUUAAACAUUAUAUUGAUAUAGGACUUUUGUGUGUGUUAUGUUUUAAUGUGAGUUUGUGUUUUAACUUAUUUAACUGCAGAGCAGCUCAGCCCUGUUCCACUUGUUAAUUUGUAUAAAGUCACUCUGGUUGGGGGUUUUAGCCUUAAACCGUUUUAAACGUCUGUAUUUUCCCUCUGGACGUGAUCAGGUCACUCAGCACUGAGGGACCUGAUCACGUGUUGGUACCAGAUGGACUGAGUCUGAAAUACUGAGUCUGAUAUGAAGAACAAUCGGAUCAAUGCCUCAUGAAGUAUUUUGUUUCUUUUUGCUCUUUUCUGUUUUACAUUCAUGUUCAUUCAAACCAAAGCAGUGUUUUUACAUCAGUUUUUUCUGAACUCUUGUUUUUACAUCAGUUUUUUCUGAACUCUUGUUUUUACCACAGUGUUUAGAAGGUUUGCUGUUCUCCAUCAGUUUGUGCCUUUACUGUUUCAUUUCCAAUUAUCUUCUACAUCUUUGAACACCAUUGUAAAUAUUAUGGCUCAUAAUCCAGUAAAUCUGUUUACCUUCACUUACUCUCUGCUUCCUGCAUGACUCACAUUUAACCAAAUGUUUUAUUCUUCUGAGCUGAUCUGCUGCAAAGUCGGUUCAUAAAAUAACUCAUAAAACUCCCAGGUUGUUUCAGGUGAACCUUCAGAAAAAACUGAUUUAGAAUAUCAGUUUCUAAACAGAUAAACUGAUAAGUUUAUCUAACUGAUUCUAAAUCAGUUCAUAAUGUUUCAGUAUUAUUGUUGUUCCUGAAUACAGACUGUUGAUGUUGGCCUGAAGAUCUUUACUGUUUACUAGGAACCAAUUAGCUGUUGCUAUGACAACAGCUAAUUGGUUCCACAUCAUCAAAACAAAGUAACUGAUGUCUCCAGACUGACUGAUCUGCUGUCAAUCAUUAACGUUUUAUUGUUUGUGUUGCUGCUCUUUUGAGAGGAAAGUUCAGGUUUUCUACUGAAUCGCCUCCAUCUUUUUUUACCCAGUCAGUUUUAUGUAUCUUGUAUAAUAUUCUAAAUCUGAUGUCUUAUUCUAGAGUUUGGCUGUUCCUGUGUUUGUUUGAUUUGAAUCUUCUGAUUAAAGUUUUCUAUAUAAAAAGCA